AUGAAUAUUGAUUCCAGCUUAUCACCAACAAAUAAAGAUUCAACACUUAUGAAUACAUCUUCAAAUUUGAAUAUGAUGCAAAUAGCGAUAUCUCAUCAUGAACAAUAUCAAUCAACUAAUGAUGAUCUUUUUCCAACAUCAAAUGAUGCUUCAUCAUCAGUUAAUAAUAUGAUAUCAUCAUUAACAUUUUCUAAAUCACUUACAAAUUCAAUGCUUGAUUAUAAAUAUCCAUGGAUGAGACCAGAAUUUAAGUAUAAAAAUAAACGUAGUCGAACAGCUUAUACAAGUCAUCAACUACUUGAAUUAGAAAAAGAAUUUCAUUAUAACAAGCUUGCAUUAACUGAACGACAAAUUAAAAUUUGGUUUCAAAGUCGUCGAUGUAAAUGGCAAAAUGAUAUGAUUGAAUCACUUAAUGAUCCACAUGUUGAACUUGAAGCAAAUGCAACAAAUCGUAGUCGAAAACAUCAUUCAUAUGCUGCAUGA